AUGGCGGGCAUUAAAGCUCUUGUGGCAUUAUCCUUCAGUGGGGCUAUUGGGUUGACUUUUCUUAUGCUGGGAUGUGCCUUAGAGGAUUAUGGCGUAUACUGGCCCUUGUUCGUCCUGAUAUUUCACGCCAUUUCCCCCAUCCCCCACUUCAUUGCCAAAAGAACAACAUAUGACUCAGAUGCAACAAGUAGUGCCUGUCGGGAACUAGCAUAUUUCUUCACUACUGGAAUUGUCGUUUCUGCCUUUGGAUUUCCUGUUAUUCUUGCUCGGGUGGCUGUGAUCAAGUGGGGAGCUUGUGGCCUUGUGCUGGCAGGCAAUGCAGUCAUUUUCCUCACAAUUCAAGGCUUUUUCCUGGUGUUUGGAAGAGGAGAUGAUUUUAGUUGGGAGCAGUGGUAG